GUGAAUGCUUCAAUUUGGCUAGGUAAUGUUUUCUGUAAGUUUAUUGCGACAAAAGUAAUAUUAUCUAAUCUAAUCUAUCUGGAAGCCUUUGCUCUCCUUCUAAGGGAGAUUUUCCCCUACCUUAUAUUAAAAUUAGACAAGUAUUAGGUCUGGGAAAGGACUAAAUAAUUAACCAUCUUUUGAGUUAACUAUAUUAUGUAUACAUUAAACUUACAGAUGAGUAUACCAUAGUGGUAGACUGAAAGACAAAGGAACACAAGCAGCAGCAAAGACUAUGUUGGUUUUAAUAGCAGGGACAGUAUUGGUGUUGGUGGCGUUGGUGGCUCGCUUGGUUUACGUUUUAUAUGACAUACACCAAGGUAAACCUUUAGUCCUGCCUCAACACAAGACAGUGAAGACAUUGGUGGUCCUUGGAUCAGGAGGCCACACAGUGGAGAUGCUCAAGAUGGUAGCUGCCCUUGACCCAGUGAAGUACAGUCCCAGAAUGUAUGUGGUAGCAGAUACUGAUGAGAUUAGCCACAAAAAGCUACUAGAAGUUGAGAAGGACUUCAAGGAUGAGGGCCACUAUAUGGUAGAGGUGGUUCCUCGGACUCGAGAAGUAGGGCAAUCAUGGAUCACUUCUGCCUUCACUACUUUGCAUGCCCUCAUAUCCAGCCUCUUGGUUUUGGUCCGCCACCGCCCACUCCUCAUCCUAUCAAAUGGUCCAGGAACUUGUGUGCCUCUGUGUGGUGGAGCAGUGAUGCUGCGUGUGCUUGGGGUGUGUCCAAGUCGGAUAGUGUUUGUGGAAAGCCUGUGCCGAGUGCAUUCCCUCUCCCUCUCUGGUUGGCUUCUUUAUCCAUUAAGUGACCAUUUUCUUGUUCAGUGGCCCCAGUUAACUGAAAGCCAUCCAAGAGCUCGCUGCUUGGGUCGCCUGGUGUGACUACUGUAUACCAGUCCAAUAACUACACUUAUUCAUUCAUCCCAUCCAUCAUCCAAACCUGACAUACGCUCAUAACUGUAUCAUAUCACAAAUGUUUUACAUCAAGAAAAUGUAUUUUAUGUACUCUUUUGUGAAGCAUUAAAGAAAAUCUUAUUGAUUAC